AAAAGGACAAGUCCAACCGUGUCAAACUUACUUUAUAUGUAAAAUCAGUCUUUAUUUUGAGAUGUUCCCAACACUAAAAUCCAUAUGGAACUUGAAGAAUGGGAUAGUUCUUUUCUUCACUCCUUUGAUUCUUCUCCCACUUCCAGUAGUCAUCAACACAAGGGAGGCCAGCUGUGCCUAUGUAAUCAUUCUGAUGGCAGUAUACUGGUGUACUGAAGCUCUUCCUUUAGCUGUCACAUCACUGCUACCUGCUGUUCUCUUUCCCAUGCUCGGUAUCAUGCAGUCCAAAACGGUGUGUAUGCAGUACCUGAAGGACACUAACAUGCUGUUUGUGGGUGGACUGAUGGUUGCGGUGGCAGUUGAACACUGGAACCUGCACAAACGUAUCGCCCUGAGAGUGCUGCUCAUUGUUGGUGUGCGCCCAGCGCUCCUGAUGCUGGGUUUCAUGGGAGUGACAGCUUUCCUCUCCAUGUGGAUCAGUAACACGGCUACCACGGCCAUGAUGGUCCCUAUAGUGCAGGCUGUGCUGGAACAGCUGAACAAACAGGAGACAGAACCUUCACAGAUGACCUGUGGUGAGGAACGGCCCCAGGCCCCUGAGGCGGAGUACAAACAGACGGCAAAAGACAGAGACAAAGAAGUGGUGCUACGCAUUCUGGAUGUCUCAGCAGAGGCCAAGCUAAAGGAGUCUGCAGAAAAGAGGCGCAUGGGUAAAGGCAUGACUCUGUGUGUGUGCUAUGCUGCCAGCAUUGGGGGAACGGCCACACUCACAGGCACUGGACCUAACCUAGUAUUUAAGGGUCAGAUGAACCAAUUAUUUCCUGAGAAUGGUGACAUUAUCAAUUUCGCCUCAUGGUUUGGGUUUGCGUUCCCUAACAUGAUCAUCAUGUUGACGAUAGCUUGGCUCUAUCUUCAGUUCGUUUUCAUGGGAUUCAACAUUAGGAAGACAUGGGGAUGUGGGGUGGUAAAGUCCGAAAAGGAUAUAGCCGCCUAUAAUGUGAUCCGGGAGCAGCAUCUUCUGCUGGGGCCGAUGUGUUUUGGUGAACUCAGCGUUCUGGCUCUCUUCAGUUUGCUUGUGGCACUGUGGUUUAGUCGAGAUCCUGGAUUUGUGGCAGGCUGGGCAACACAGACCUUUAACACAGAAGCAGAAUAUGUGACAGAUGCUACAGUUGCAGUCUUCGUUGCCAUGUUGCUCUUUAUUCUUCCAUCAAAACCACCUCGGCUUUGCUUCUGGUCAUCAACAGGCUCUGAAACAGAUCCUCAGCUCUCUUCUGCACCCAGUACAGCCCUGCUGUCCUGGAAAAUAGCUCAAAAGAAGUUACCCUGGAACAUAGUUUUGCUUCUAGGUGGAGGAUUUGCCCUGGCCAAAGGUAGUGAGGAGUCAGGUCUAUCCAGAUGGAUUGGAAACCAGUUGACUCCCCUACAUAGUAUCCCUCCCUGGGCCAUUGUUAUCAUCCUGUGCCUCGUGAUUGCCGUUUUCACUGAAUGCACCAGCAAUGUGGCCACAGCAACUCUUUUCCUCCCUGUUCUUGCUACUAUGUCUCAAUCUGUUGGAAUCAACCCUCUUUACGUCAUGGUGCCAUGCACACUCAGCGCAUCCUUCGCGUUCAUGUUACCUGUGGCUACUCCUCCAAACGCUAUAGUCUUUUCCUACGGAUACCUCAAAGUUUCAGAUAUGGCAAAAACUGGCAUGAUGAUGAAUGUCAUAGGGAUUUUCUGUAUCACCUUAGCCAUCAACACCUGGGGAAAAGCUAUGUUCAAGCUAGAUUCUUUCCCUGCAUGGGCCAACCAAACAGUAAUAUGAUGGACAGUAUGAGGCCGAAUGAAAACCAGCAAGCUGCUAGUUUUCUUCCAUUAUUUUCAUAAACUUCAUGGAUCCAGGCUGUAGUACAGAGAAACUGAAACCUGCCAUGUCUUGCAGUACUAUUUUGCACAUUGAUAACCUCUUUCACUUAAGGGUCUGACUAAAUAAGCAGCCAUAUAUGCUAUGUUCAAAUAUUUGGGGUCAGUAAGAUUUUUUGAUUGUUUUUUUUUUUUUUUAGAUGGGAAAGCCGAAAUUUUAGCAUGCAAUACCAGUCUUUGUGUCGUUUUUAUAUAAAAGCAUUAUUUAAAAAAGAAAAACUGGCUCUUAGUGACCAGAAACUUUGAACAGUAUGCAGGAUCAUCACAUUUUGAGUAGACAUAAAUUAAUCUAACAAAAAUAAGAAAGCAUUUUAAGCAGCAGGUUAGAAAAAUUAUUUUCAGAAGGCAUCCUAAUCUGUCAGAAUCACAACUAGAGCAAUCCUUUCCUCAACUUAAUAAGGCAGCAUUAUUGACAUUAACUCCAAUUGUAAUUGCCGUUUUGAAAUUCUUAUGACUGAGAUAUGAAAGCCUCAUCCACAACUGCCUUAAAUCUCAGGGCAUUAAAUAGAGAAACACAUCGGGCAACUACAUAAAAUGAAACAAAUACCUCAUAGUUCAUAACAGGUGUACUGAAACUUUUCAACAUAGAUAGAUUUGGGCAAUCAGAUUAUUAAAAUAUAUCUAUGUUGUUGUGUUUUAGCAGGUUUUACAGUAUGUAAAUAUGCAACUUCAAUACCAUGUUUACAUCUACGCUUCAAGUUUUUAUAAUUCCACUGAAUCAACCAAUCAGUGAUUACUGUAUAACAUCAAAAUGACUUGAAUGUUCUUAAAUGAAAUACUGCACAAUUGUAAAGCAUUUGACAUUGGUGUGAAUGAGGGACAGUCUUCCAGAGUUUAUUGCACCUAUACUAUAUAUUCCAGUGUGAUGUGUGAGUUCAUUGAUUCAUUGAUUUUGUUUGAUUGAAUGCAAUGCUUACUGAAUACUUAUUUUGGAAUUUUGGAUAAAUUAUUAGAAUAAAUAAAUCUGUUUAUGAAUAUAAAGCACUUAAAGUGCAUGACUGUAAAUGAAAUACGCUCUCAAACUGCUGUUAUGUUGUGUUAAAGAGAUAAAACUGAAUAAAACCGUAUCUU